AGCAAACAUUGUUGGUUUCUUGGCGGUCGUCAGACAAUCUUGCUUUUAGUAUAAAAGCGAUAUUUUCCCAGCAGAAGGCAUAUCAGUUCUCAAUCGAGGCCUACAACAUGAAGUUGUCCCUUGUUCUCUUCGUCCUUUCGAUGGUUUUGUAUGUGGCUCAAGUUAGAGCUGCUGGCUCCUCCUCAAGUACGGAGUCGAGCACUAGUACUAGCACCACCACGGACAGCAGCACCACGGACAGCACCACCACGGACAGCACCACCACAGAAUCCACCCCUACGUCCUCUUCAUUUAGUUCCGGCUCAAAGAAGAAAGUCGUGCGUCUCAGCAAUCUGAAGUACGCGAUCAAAAGGAAAAUCAGGGUGGGAUCCUCUAGCAGUUCCUCGGCCAGAUCCAAAGGUUCCCGCGCCAAGUCUCGCAAGGCCCGCCUAAAUGCCGCCAAACGCUCCAAGAAGGCCGCCAGCCGAAAACUCAACAAGAAGUCCAAGAAUCGCAGGGUACGCGUUAUCCGUGGUUAGAGCCACAGUUUUAUUUUUGAGAAUAGAUGGU